GAAGGAAAACCGGAGCAGAGCGCAGGAGGAAACAGUACCGGCUGGAGGACUGUCUUGCAGGAGCCGGGGACUGCCGGGGGCGGGUCCGGGGGCGGGGCUUGGUGAUGACCGCUGGUGGGGCGGGGCCUCGGACUCAGAGGGGUGGGCUUUAGAGAGGCGCGGGCCGACGCUGCUUCGGUGUCUGGACAUUUUGGCUUCGGUCCUGGAGCAAGCCCUGGCCUCGUCGGUAGCUGGGCCGCCAUGGAGUCCACACUGGGCGCGGGCAUCGUGAUAGCCGAGGCGCUACAGAACCAGCUUGCCUGGCUGGAGAACGUGUGGCUGUGGGUCACCUUUCUGGGUGAUCCCAAGAUCCUCUUUCUGUUCUACUUCCCCGCGGCCUACUACGCGUCCCGCCGUGUGGGCAUCGCGGUGCUCUGGAUCAGCCUCAUCACCGAGUGGCUCAACCUCAUCUUCAAGUGGUGAGACAGAGAAGCCCUCCGGCAUCCUGGUCCCCACCCCUGAGGGCCCUGAGUCAUGUGUUUCUUUUUGGAGACAGGCCCUUUUGGUGGGUCCAUGAGUCUGGGUACUACAGCCAGGCUCCAGCCCAGGUUCACCAGUUCCCCUCUUCUUGUGAGACUGGUCCAGGCAGCCCUUCUGGACACUGCAUGAUCACAGGAGCAGCCCUCUGGCCCAUAAUGACGGCCCUGUCUUCGCAGGUGGCCACUCGGGCCCGCAGCCGCUGGGUAAGGGUGAUGCCUAGCCUAGCUUAUUGCACCUUCCUUUUGGCGGUUGGCUUGUCGCGAAUCUUCAUCUUAGCACAUUUCCCUCACCAGGUGCUGGCUGGCCUAAUAACUGGCGCUGUCCUGGGCUGGCUGAUGACUCCCCGGGUGCCUGUGGAGCGGGAGCUAAGCUUCUAUGGGUUGACCGCACUGGCCCUCAUGCUAGGCACCAGCCUCAUCUAUUGGAUCCUCUUUACGCUGGGCCUGGAUCUUUCUUGGUCCAUCAGCCUAGCCUUCAAGUGGUGUGAGCGGCCUGAGUGGAUACACAUGGAUAGCCGGCCCUUUGCCUCCCUGAGCCGUGACUCAGGGGCUGCCCUGGGCCUGGGCAUUGCCUUGCACUCUCCCUGCUAUGCCCAGGUGCGUCGGGCACAGCUGGGAAAUGGCCAGAAGAUAGCCUGCCUUGUGCUGGCCAUGGGGCUGCUGGGCCCCCUUGACUGGCUGGGCCACCCCCCUCAGAUCAGCCUCUUCUACAUCUUCAAUUUCCUCAAGUAUACCCUCUGGCCAUGCCUAGUCCUGGCCCUCGUGCCCUGGGCAGUGCACAUGUUCAGUGCCCAGGAAGCACCGCCCAUCCACUCUUCUUGACUUCUUGUGUGCCUCCUUUCCUUUCCCUCCCACAAAGCCAACGCUCUGUGACCACCACACUCCAGGAGGCAGCCCCAUCACCUUCCAGCCCCUAAGUAGGCCCUCCCCUCCCUAAAUCUGCUUCCCCACCACCUGGUCUUAGUCCCAAAGAUGGGCCUUCUCUCUCCCAGAGAAGCUGGUCCUCCCUCUGCCUUUCCUCUCAAGCCCCCCAAGAGCAAAGGCAACAGCAAGACCAGCGGGUUCCUGCAACACUGUGAGGGGCGGCCAGGGCGGCCCCAAUAAAGCCCUUGAAUACUUUGA